CUCAACAAAAUGGCUAUCAAAAUAAUUUGUGGUUGUAUAUUUUUAUUGUUUUUAUUCACCCUGGCAAGCUGCGAUGUUUUUGAUAGUAUUCUGGAUGAUGUAGCUUCGUGCAAGCAAGUCUGCCACAACACAUUUACACCUCACACCUACGAAAAGAGUGGAAGUGAGGAAUGUUGUAACAGAGGCUGCCGCUUGUUUUCCAUGGUUGAGUUCAUCUAUGAUGAUGUGAAUAAAACUACUGAAGUUUGCAUUGCGUCAUGCACAGAAGCUUAUACAGAGACAGAUGAUUUCGAAGCUUGUAAACUCGGCUGUAAGAGUCAAAAACCAUUUGCCUUGGACAACCUAUUAAAGGAGGACCAAUGGGAGCAGCAUAUCCGCCUGGUAGACCCGUUCACCUACAUGCACAAGUGGUACAGUGAUGUGUUCAACACCGUGGUCAGUCAGGCAUCUGUCAGCUGGACUGUCUACAUGAAGGAUGGAGAUGGAAGCGUCAUUGUCGUCAAGUCCCCACCACAACACCGCAUAAAUGAUUUGGAUAUCGAGUACAACACGGGCAGCUUCAUUGAAACCAACCUGGAGGCAGUGGACAACUCUGCCACUCCGUACCUGAAGAACCUGCCGUACAAGGCCCAGCGUAACGAUGACGACAUUGUCCGACUCUCUGCCCGAGACCUGGGUGGGGACGGUGGACAACAUGAGGAACACACAGACUGGCUAUCUUGUGUGGCCCGCAAGACUGGCCUGCCCCGCCUCCUGCUCAGCUGGCUCCUCCUAAUGUGUGCCAUCGUCAUGGUAUGGCUAUGCUUAUCUGCAGCUGUCACAGCACCUGAACAGAAGGUCUAUACUGAACCACAGAAACUGAGUAUUAAUGGUGACCAGGAAGUGAUAGCAGCUCUGCUGGCUCAAGGAAUCAAACCAUCAUACCCGCAGGAAAAUGACGACAAUCUCUCCUCCCUGCCCUUGAAAAUCAGUGUCCACAGAAUAUAAGGGAUGUCUACACAACAUUGCAAAAUAUACUUUCUUAUGUGAAAUCCGAGGGAAGCAUUUAGCUUGUAUAUAAUGAAUAGAAUUCACCCCUAGUCACGUAAUGUUGGGAGGAAUUACAAAAAUGGGAGCCUAAUAUCAUUGGUGUUAAACUGAUCAUGGUAUGGACGAUCAUGGUACUGGUGUUCCUGGUACCUCUUUAUGUUAUCUCUUAUGUUCUUAUAAACUAUUGUGUAAAUUGUUGUGGGUUGCUCUUUUCGGGCAUUUAUAUUAGUAGUUGUUGAACCUUGUUAGAAUUGACUGCUGUUAAUGUUUUACGAUUCUGGUAGCAUUCAAUAUCUUGUGUCUACAUUCCAAUUACCAAUCCACAUUUAAUGUCUGUUUUCAGUAAAAGCUUAAAUAAACCAUAUAGCAAUCAAUUUUUGGCCACCUCUCAAAUGAUUUUCUGCAUGAUAUAAUAACUGUAGAAUAAUUUUGAAAAUACAUGAACUUUAUUCAAAAGAAAAAAAAAUUGUUAAUAAGUGUCUGCAUGUACAACUAAUGUCUUAGAUGACCUGUAAAGUCUUGGCUAGGCGUGAAAUCAUGUAGUAGUGCAGUACAUAAAAGCAAGCUGCUUCUAUCACAAUAGCAUUAAUCUGCACAUGGUCCCAUGUAACAUAUUGUUAUGUAAUGUACAACUUGUGUUUCGUGGUGUUCUGUAUAGGUGCAAUGGAUUCAGUUCUGUAUCUCGGCAUAUCUCUAUCAAAUGAAUGUCCCAUAAGAGUUGUGUUCGUUUAGAACUAGAUUUUUUUAAGUGUUAACUUUAUUUCUUGUUGUUACUUUUCUUCAUAUAAUACUCUUAAAGCACAAAGAGCUAUCAUUGGUAUUUCUGGUUAGAGAUUGAUAAAUAUUAUACAAGCUGACACAAUGGCUUCAAUAUUCAUUCUUUUAAAGUUUGUUUUCCAUUCUUAGCCUUUAUUUUGCAACAUCUGCUUUAUGUUACAUCAUGUGGUUGUUCAAAGUCAGAAGCCUCAAUUUGGAAGAAAUCACUGUUGCACUGUGGGUAACAUGUUAAAAACAAUUUAAAAAAAAUUGGCCCAUCGUUCUGUGGUGUCAUCUUUCUGUAGUCAAUAUUAUAUGCUUAUAAAUUCUGUAUAUAUUAUUUUAUAGAUUGAGAUUUUUUUAAAUAUCUGCAUUUAUAGAACAUUUACAAUAAGUUAAACAAAUCCUUCCUGAACGUUAAAAAUUGAUUAUUGACUGUUUGUACAGGCCAUCUCAAUGGGUUUUGCUUGAACAGGCUUAUAUGCCAUCUCAUUGGGUAUUGCCUGAACUGGCUUACAGUCCAUCCGAAUGGGUAUUGCUUGAACAGGCUUACAGGCCAUCUCAAUGGGUAUUGCUUGAACAGGCUUACAGGUCAUCUCAAUGGGUAUUGCUUGAACAUACUUACAGGCCAUCUUAAUGGGUAUUGCUUGAACAUACUUACAGGCCAUCUUAAUGGGUAUUGCUUGACCUGGCUUACAGGCCAUCUCAAUGGGUAUUGCUUGAACAGGCUUACAGGCCAUCUCAAUGGGUAUUGCUUGAACAGGCUUACAGGCCAUCUCAAUGGGUAUUGCUUGAACAUACUUACAGGCCAUCUUAAUGGGUAUUGCUUGACCUGGCUUACAGGCCAUCUCAAUGGGUAUUGCUUGAACAGGCUUACAGGCCAUCCGAAUGGGUAUUGCUUGAACAGGCUUACAGGUCAUCUCAAUGGGUAUUGCUUGAACAUACUUACAGGCCAUCUUAAUGGGUAUUGCUUGACCUGGCUUACAGGCCAUCUCAAUGGGUAUUGCUUGAACAGGCUUACAGGCCAUCUCAAUGGGUAUUGCUUGAACUGGCUUACAGGCCUUCUUAAUGGGUAUUGCUUGAACAGGCUUACAGGCCAUCUCAAUGGAUAUUGCUUGAACAGACUUACAGGCCAUCUCAAUGGAUAUUGCUUGAACUAGCUUACAGGCCAUCUCAAUGGGUAUUGCUUGGCAUGGCUUACAGGCCAUCACAAUUGGUAUUGCUUGAACAGGCUUACAGGCCAUCUCAAUGGGUAUUGCUUGUCAUGGCUUACAGGCCAUCUCAAUGAGUAUUGCUUGAACAGGCUUACAGGCCAUCUCAAUGUGUAUUGCUUGAACAGGCUUACAGGCCAUCUCAAUGGGUAGUGCUUGACCUGGCUUACAGGCCAUCUCAAUGAGUAUUGCUUGAACAGGCUUACAGCCCAUUUCAAUGUGUAUUGCUUGAACAGGCUUACAGGCCAUCUCAAUGAGUAUUGCUUGAACAGGCUUACAGGCCAUCUCAACGAGUAUUGUUUGAACAGGCUUACAAGCCAUCUAGGCUAGAAACUUGACUUUGCAGAAUGAUUUUUAAGACUUCAUGUAUUUAUCAAAAGACAUUUUUUUAUGAAUUUGAACUUGCUAAAAAUUUAACUUUAGGAGGUCAGUUGGGCAAAUGGCAGACUAUUAUUGAGAACUUUAUUGUCACUUCAUUGUAUUAGUGUUAGAGAAAUCCCUCUUAAACAACUGGGGUCGUAUUCAUAAAGCUUCAUAGUGAAUCUUUGAACUUAGUGAGAUUUUUCAAUUUUUUCAACACUGAAUAUUUUUUUAUUUCCUCCAUUCUCCGUCAGAUUUAUUCAUAUGCCUUUAUUAUUUAGAUAUUAUUCUUGCUUAUUUUCAUACCUUUGAUAUAAAACAUUCUUAGUUUUCUACAAAUUCAACUUAGGGCUUUUUCAGUAAAACAUACAACCCGCAGGGGAAGGCAAUUAUUUAAAUAGUAUAUGGGUGUUGUUUUUUUUUUUUUGCUUAUUUGGACCCUGAAAUGGUAAACUGUAGGGUGGGGGGGGGUAUAUUUUAAAGUGCCUCCCCUCGGGGUUUUUAUGUUUAAGUGGAAAACCACUUAGAACAAAGCAUUUUUCCACCAAGUUGAAAUGUUCACUAAGAUGUUUUAUGAGUAAGGCCCAUGUCCAUAUACAUCCCUGUUGUUGUUGUUGUUGUUGUUGGUUUAUUUGUAUAUUACUUUUGUGUUGAUAAAUUUUGGUAAUAAAUUACAAGGUGUUGUAUUUGUGGCGUAGGGUUGGGUGAUGAAUCUAGGUGGUAUUACAUGAAUAUAUGAGCAGUUGUGCUUUCUUUGUUUUGUCAAUAGUAUCUAAUGGUUAUACUUUUUUGGAGAUGAAAUAUAUCUUUAAAACACCUCUUUACACACUGUUCAUAAGGGUUGUGAGUGAUAUUUUAGUUCAGUGUACAUGUAAUAUAAACCCUGGCCCCAAUAUCACGAAAAUAAGUCAAAUCUCAAUCUCAGUUCAUUUUACCACAUAAAAGCAUAGUAAGAUUUAAAAUCUUGCAUGCUUUUUUUAUUUUUGAAAAUAAUUUUCUCAUAGAAUGUUUUGAUAAUAAGAUUUCAUCAAUAUUUCAAAUUAAACUAAUUCAAGAGCAAAAUAUAUACUUAAUAAGAUUUCAUCAAUAUUUCAGAUUAAACUAAUUCAAGAGCAAAAUAUAUACUUGAGUAAUGAAAACUCUUGGAUAUAGGAUAUAUUUUCCUUGAAAUCUUGAUUAAAGGUUUUGAUCAUCAUGUUCUAUUAUAAAAUGUGCGAAAGCAUGUAUAUUUUUGAUAUAUAAAUAUUCGAGUGUAUGUGGUAAAAUGAGUUGAGACUGAGAUUGAGAUUUGACUUACAGGUUAAGUCUUUUAAGAUAUUGGGGCCAGGUGUUUUAUAUGACAUGUUUUUAUAAACGAGUGAUACUUAGUCAUGGAAUUAAUUAAAUAAGUCCUCUUAAGAAAUGGAGAGUCAUAUAACACUGUUUAUGGAUAGAAUAAGUGUUGUUGAAAUGAUCAAAUGUUAUUGUAGAAAUAGUUUUCAAAGUAUAAAUGGUCUUCAUAGAAGUAAGAGGAGAACAAUCAGCUUGUUUAAUUCCAAAGAGUGUCAAGUUCUUAUGAACUAAGAAUGGUAGUUGAAUCUUUUCUUCCUGAACACAAUGAGUAAAGAAAGGCAUCAGUAUGUUGUUUGUGAGGUAAAGCAUUGUGUCAUGGUUUAAGGUUGUUAGCAUGUAUUUAUCAAAAUAAAUGGUUUUAUGCGAAGCAGUUCUGCUGUGUAAUCAUAUAUUUUAGUAAAUGCAUACCAAUAACCUUUUAACCAGCUUAGUGGUUGUAAUUAUAUUAUGUCUACUGGUCCAACCUCUGUUCAGACUUCUGAUUCACCUGAGUUAGGUCAAUAACAGCUCACUGCUGAUUUAACAAACAAAAAAUGUUGGGCAGAUUUGAAAUAUUCUUUCAUCCCAUUGGACAAAAUAUAAUUUCAAACACUUAAUAUACAUACAUAUAGCUUUAUUUAAUCCAUUUUUUGAGACCUACCAUACAUGACAUCAACUAAAAUGAUGGGAAUGCGAAUAUUAACCUACAUAUCAAAAAAAUACACAAAAUAGAAGAAAAGCAAUUAUAUGAUUGCUCUAGUGUUUAUUGAUAUAAUGUAACUUUUUUUCUUCUGUCAUAUGAAGUAGGUAUUGUUGAGUAUUCAUAUUAUUUGUUUUUCCAGCAUAGGCCUGUUCAGUGAUAGAUAUCAUCUCUAAACCUGCAACCCAUGUUCACACAGUGUGUAUAGGGGUGUUGUGUGUAAAUACAUAUUUGUUGUGUAUACACAAAGCAAGACCGUGUGUUUUAGGCGAUAACACUCACAAGUUCAACCCAAUAGGGUGAGACGGGGUAUUUUUCUAACCAUAUUGUUUUCUCAUUCUAUGAUUCAAGCUGUAUAUAGGUUGGUGAGCGUGUGUUUUUGUGAAGGUGUAUUGACAUUGAUUAUUCAUGUUGUAUUUUUUACACUGGGGAAGUAGUUGUAUUUUCAAAAAAAUGUAAAAACGAACACAAAACAUGAUGACAAUAUUAUCUAAUAUCCAAUUCCAAAAUCAUCAUUUUUAUUAAAAAUAUCCAUAUUUACCAUUUGUCAAGUACGGUACAUCAAUGCACUGCUCUAUUUUUCAAGCUCCUGGUGAUGUUUGAAUUGGAUUUUCAUUUCCAGAGGGGCAAAUGCAUACAAUACAACACAUACAAUCUUUUCUUUAACAUACAUUGUAUUAAGGCUAGCAAACCAUAAUACAUAGUUUGCAAAUACAACUGCUUGUUGUCAUUCACUUUAGUCGGCCACUGUCGGGGUUGGUCUAUGUUGGUUACUGUAAGGGUGGGUCUGUGAUUGCAUAUGUCAGGGUGGGUCUGUGAUUGCAAAUGUUAGGUAGGGUCUGUGUUUGCCACUGUCAGGGUGGGUCUGUGUUGGCCACUGUCUGGGUGGGUCUGUGUCAGUCACUGUCAGGGUGGGUCUGUGUUGGCGACUGUCAGGGUGGGUCUGUGUUGGCCACUGUCAGGGUGGGUCUAUUGUCAGUCACUGUCAGUGUGGGUCUGUGUUGGCCACUGUCAGGGUGGGUCUGUGUUGGCCACUGUCUGGGUGGGUCUGUGUCAGUCACUGUCAGGGUGGGUCUGUGUUGGCGACUGUCAGGGUGGGUCUGUGCUGGCCACUGUCAGGGUGGGUCUAUGUCAGUCACUGUCAGUGUGGGUCUGUGUUGGCCACUGUCAGGGUGGGUCUAUGUCAGUCACUGUCAGUGUGGGUCUGUGUUGGCCAUUGUCAGGGUGGGUCUGAGUUGGUCAUUCUCAUUGUGGGACUGUGUCGGCCAUUGUCAGGGUGGGUCUGUGUCGGGCAUUCUCAUGGUGGGACUGUGUCGGCCACUGUCAGGGUUGGUUUGUGUUGGCCACUGUCAGAGUGGGUUUGUGUCGGGCACCAUCAUGGUUGGUCUGUGCUGGCCACUGUCAGGGUGGGUCUGUGUUGGGCACUGUCAUGGUGGUCUGUGUUAGCCACUGUCAGGGUGGGUCUGUGUUGGUAACUGUCAGGGUGGGUCUUUGUUAGCAAAUGUCAAAGUUGGUCUGUAUUGGCCACUGUCAGGUUGGGUGUGUGCUUGUGUUGUAGAUGACAAUUGUUGUAAACAAACAUUUGUGAUAUCAUGUGAUCUUGCUUUUUGGACUUGAUACCUUUUUAUUAUCACUUUUAUUUAUUACAAUUCUGUUAUUCAACCUGUAAGAUUUUCUAAUAAUAUGAUUUCUUAUUGAUAGAAUGUUAUAAGGAACAGAAAUUGUAAAACAUAUUAAAAAUGUGCACAACAUCUAUUUGACUGAAUCUCAUCCAAAAAUAAAAUCUUUUUAUUUGUAAAUAUCGGGCCGAUUGUUCAAAACUUUGUUAAAGUUAACAACGUGAGCUGAAUCUUUGUAAACUUUUAUAAUUGAAAUAUUUUAUGAUGUGCUGAUAUGUCAAGAAUAGCUGAAUCAGUUGCCUCAACAUUUGUGAAAUGUACUGCAGAUCACAUUUGUGUCCUUGAAGGUUUAUUAAGUAACGAGAUUUGAAAGUUGACAAUAAUCCAGUAAAAAACAUUGUUGUGAACAAUCAGCCCAUUGCUCAUUUUUUUUUUCAUUGUAAUACCGUAAAGACGGCAGAAAGUUCAUGUUUACCCUGACAAACAAAGUUUGAAGGAGGUAUAUUGGAGUCACCCUGUGGUUGGCGGUCGGUCCGUCCUGGUUGGCGUUCGGUCGGUCCAUUGCAAUUUGCCUUGUCCAGAGGAUAACUUAAAAAGUGCUGGAUGAUAUUUUCAUUAAACUUCAUACCGUGAUAGAACAUGAUGAGAGGAAAUGCUACAUGUACAAGAGACAUUACUCUAUUUAAGCUUUUAAAUGUUAUUGCUCAUUUUUACUUUUCCAUCCUGGGAAUAACUUGAUGGAAUUCAAUUAAACUUCAUACAAUGGUAGAGCACAAUGAGAAGAUGUGCAGUGUAUUAGAACCAUAACUCUAUUUCAGCUUAUUAGAGAGUUAUUGCCCUUUGUUACUUUUUCUGGUCCUAAGCAAAAUGAGCAGAAGUUCAAUUUGCAAGAACCAUAACACUAUUUCAGCUAAUGACAGAGUUAUUGCUCUAUGUUACUUUUUCUUCUCAGCAGUGUAAUUUCUUAAUUACUGAAUGGAUUUUAAUUAUACAAAAUACUUAGGUCAAGCAUAAUGAGUGGAAAUGCAGAAUACAUUAAUCUCGGAGUCAUGGCCUCUUUUUAAAGAAAUAGUUUGCCAUUCCUGUGUCCAUGCGGUCUCUGGGGUAUUUGUCAUUUAAUUCUGUUCCCUUUUGUUGCACUGAUGAUAUUUUCUUGCACACUGUUAAUGUAUAAUUAAGUGAACAUUUUAGAGCUUGUAUAUAUAAUACCUGUGCAUCAAAGACGUUAAUUAAAGCAAUUAUAGCUCAUUUUGGUAUAUGUCUGUAAUGAAAAGACAUUUUAGGGAUUCAAUAAAAAAUACUGGUACAAA